CCAGGCAUAAUUUGGACGGAUUCGAUACCUCCAGCCUAUGUCUUGCACGCCAAGGACUCUGUGGAGCUUGUUGGAGGAACGGCGUUGUAUCUCGGUACGGCGAAAGCGGAUUUCUUAAGGGAAAGAUGGGUCAGUGUGAAUUGGGACGUGGAGGAGAUUCAGUCGCAUAAGGAGGGAAUUGAAAGGAAGGGGUUGUUGAAAACAAGGUGGCUAAUCGCAGAGUUGGGGCUAAAGGGCAUCUUUACGAAAGGUUAUGUGGAAUAUCGGCCUCUCUAA